CGGCCACGCCCUGGCAUCAGGCCGGAAGUGGGCGUUGCCGGGGCCUGGCUGUGAGGCGAAGUCGGCGGUGGGGAGAGCUUCUGGACUGAGCCUUAAGCCCUGAACAACAGCUGCGUCGGCCAUCGUCUGCUCGACGGGCUGCCUGGUACCUUUUUCUGCCUUGUUUUCUAGCCUGUUAUUGGGGGAAAGGAAUCAAAUCACCUGUUAACAAUUUGAUGGGGAAGAUAAGAGACAGCUGAAUGAUGGUGUUAUGAGUUCCAGCGUCCUUGGCCUACUUGGAAUCAGUCUGUUUGCUAAGAAAGAAUAGCACUUGAACAGGACUCCUUUGCCAUCAGCAUGGAAGACACUUACAUCGACUCCCUGGACCCUGAAAAGUUAUUACAGUGCCCCUAUGAUAAAAAUCACCAGAUCAGGGCCUGCAGGUUUCCUUAUCAUCUUAUCAAGUGCAGAAAGAAUCAUCCUGAUGUCGCAAACAAAUUGGCUACUUGUCCCUUCAAUGCUCGGCAUCAGGUUCCCCGGGCUGAGAUCAGUCAUCACAUCUCGAGCUGUGAUGACAAGAGCUGUAUUGAGCAGGAUGUGGUCAACCAAACCAGGAACCUUGGACAAGAGACUCUGGCUGAGAGCACAUGGCAGUGCCCUCCUUGUGAUGAAGACUGGGAUAAAGAUUUGUGGGAACAGACUAGCACCCCAUUUGUCUGGGGCACAGCCAGUUUCUGUGGCAACAACAGUCCUGCAAAUAACAUAGUUAUGGAACAUAAGAGUAACCUUGCUUCAGGCAUGCGAGUUCCCAAGUCUCUGCCCUAUGUUUUGCCAUGGAAAAACAAUGGAAAUGCACAGUAACUGAACAUCUUUUUCAAAUGCCAGACUGUGGAAGACUCUUGCUUAUUCCUGCUACCAAGGGUUCUUCUUUUUUCUCUUUAUCUAAUUAUAGAACAGUAAACUGUCUGUGACUUUCAAA